GGUAUUCAAUCUACUCAUGUAACCCUUUCGCAUUUCUGUUCUGCUCUCCGCAAAGGUGCAGACGAGAUCUACCGUUUCUUCCAAACCCUAGUGUUCAAUGCAUUAAGCUUACCCUUGCUCCAAAUUUAGGAAUCUACUCAUGUAACCCUUUCGUAUUUCUGUUCUGCUGUCCGCAAAGGUGCAGACCAGAUCUACCGUUUCUUCCAAACCCUAGUGUUCAAUGCAUUAAGCUUACCCUUGCUCCAAAUUUAGGGUUUGUGAGCGUUGGUUUGAUGAACCCUAGGUUUUUCUGCGAGAAAUUUGUACGACUCUACUAAUUUUGGGGUUUGUGUUAUUUCUGAUGAGGUUCUCUGCAAAAUACAUUUUUUUUUGGCUGAAAAGCUAGGGUUUAUGCUUUCAUGGCUUCGGGUUGUGAGGAAGUGUGGACUCUGGUUACUAACCGAAGGAGAAAUGGAGGUAGAACCAGAAGAACUAUUGAACAGGCCCGUCAAAAGAUGGAGACCCUAAAUCAACCAUGGACUCCAGUCGAUACAGAGAUAGACAGUCAAGGAGAAUCGAAAUUGAUGGAAAAGAUGCAAAAUUCCAUGAAGAAGGUAAGGGGAUCAGAGUUUUACAAUAGAUUUCUUGGUCAGUUGGAAAGCCCCCUUCUUUCUGCAAAUUUUCCUAGGGUUUUGGGGUCCACUUCAAAGCUGGGCAUGGUAGUUUAUGGAAUUGGUAGCAUUGAGGCCUCUGAGAUGUCGCGUCUGCAACUUUCUCUCGCAAUUUUACUGAGAGAAAACUUGGAUUGUAUAGAUGGGAUGGAGAUAUUUGAUCCCAUUAUUUCUUCCAUUGAGGUGAAGGUUAUGGAGCGUUUUGGAUGCUCAUUUAUUUCUAUAAAUGAAAUGGGAAGGAGAGAAGUUAUGAAACCAACAUUGUUUUUUAUGCCACAUUGUGAUGCUUUUAUGUAUGAUAAUUUAUUAGCAGCAAACUGGAAACCUGUGAAUUUGAAUAGGAUUGUGUUAUUUGGGAAUAGUUUUGAGAAGUAUGAGAGUGCUAUUACUGUGUUUAGGUCUAAGGUUGCUGAUGCUUUGAAGUAUGUUAUGGGUAUUAGGAAGUAUGCCAUGGAGUUCUUAAUCGAGACUUGUUCUGAAGAUUUCUUUUAUGCCUUCCAUAGUAUAAGUUGGCAUUUCUUUGAUUUGGACCCCUUGAUGGAUUUGAGGAUCUUGGAUUUGUAGUGAAUUGCUCUCUUUUUCUCUCUGGGAUAGCUGAUAUUGUAUGCUGAAGAUUGCCUCUGAGAUUUAAGUAACAUUGAUUAUUUUGAGA